AUGGUUCGAGAAGGACCUAAGGAAACAUGGCGAAUAGGAAAGGAGCUUCCAGAACAGAACGAAGAAGUGACCACUAUUAUACCGUGGUCCAGGAAAGAGCUCGCGAGACAAAAAGACCAGUGCGCAGACCACUUGAUGUGCUUGACCACAUACCCCGUUACUGGAUUAGAGAUCAUCCGACUACCACCAGGCGAUGUUAUUGUCUAA